UGACACUUCUGGGAGGGCCCUGCUAUGCGGCUGGGAGACCCCGGGACGGGCGACCCCGGGGCGAGGGGCAGCACCCCGCGCCGUGCCGUGCCGCCGCGCCCCGCCCCGCAGUGGCGCAGCCCCGGCGCUGGCGCGGAGGCGGUGCCGGGCGCAGCGCAGAGCGGAGGAUGCUGCGGGAGGGGGCCGCCGCCAGCCCCCGUCCCGGCGCCGGUCCCGGGCGGGAGGGCGCCCCGCCGCAUCCCGCCCGCUGAGCCCGGCCCGGCCAUGGGGGCUCUGACCAGCCGGCAGAACGCAGGGGUGGAGGAGGUGGACAUCCCCGCUAAUUCCGUCUACAGAUACCCCCCGAAAUCGGGGAGCUACUUUGCCAACCACUUCAUCAUGGGCGGCGAGAAGUUUGACUCCACGCACCCUGAGGGUUACCUCUUUGGCGAGAACAGUGACCUCAACUUCCUGGGGAACCGUCCUGUGGUGUUCCCUUACGCUGCUCCGCCUCCUCAGGAACCUGUGAAGACCCUCAGGAGCUUGAUCAACAUCCGCAAGGACACACUGCGACUUGUCAAGUGCUCGGAGGAGGUGAAGACCCCAGGGGAAGAAGUCAGCAAAGCCAAGGUGCACUACAAUGUGGAGUUCACCUUUGACACUGAUGCCCGCGUGGCCAUAACCAUCUACUACCAGGCGAGCGAGGAGUUUCACAAUGGAGUGGUGAGCUACAUUCCCAGGGAUAACAGCCUGCAGUCGGAGACGGUGCACUACAAGCGAGGGGUGUGCCAGCAGUUCUGCAUGCCCUCCCACACUGUUGACCCCUCUGGGUGGAGUGAGGAGGAGCUGGGCUUUGACCUUGACCGGGAGGUGUACCCCAUGGUGGUGCACGUGGUCGUGGAUGAAGGAGAGGAGCAUGCUGGGCACUGCCAUGUGCUGCUUGCUACCUUUGAGAAGCACAGCGACGGCACCUUCUGCGUGAAGCCACUCAAGCAGAAGCAAGUGGUGGAUGGUGUAAGCUACCUUCUGCAGGAGAUCUACGGCAUUGAGAACAAGUACAACACACAGGACUCUAAGGUGGCUGAGGACGAGGUAAGCGAUAACAGUGCUGAGUGUGUCGUCUGCCUCUCGGACGUCCGGGACACCCUCAUCCUGCCCUGCCGCCACCUCUGUCUUUGCAACACCUGCGCUGACACCCUGCGAUACCAGGCCAACAACUGCCCCAUCUGCAGGCUGCCUUUCCGAGCUUUGCUUCAAAUACGAGCCAUGAGGAAAAAGCUGGGUCCCCUCUCACCCACGAGCUUCAACCCUAUCAUCGCCUCGCAGACCUCUGACUCCGAGGAGCACUCGUCCUCAGAGAACAUCCCUCCAGGGUAUGAGGUGGUGUCGCUGCUGGAGGCCCUCAAUGGGCCGCUGACGCCUUCACCAGCCACCCUGCCACUGCGGGCGCUGGGAGACCCCCCAGGCGCAGGGACCCUGCCCUCCCAUGGCAGCGACGGGCCCCUGCCUCCGCUGCGGGCCCUCUCACCCCUUGAACGCCUCCCUGACUGCGGACCGCCGGGUCUUAGGCUGAAGAAGAGCCUCUCCAAGUCUGCCUCACAGAACUCUUCUAUUCUGCCUGAAGAGGAGGAUGAGAAGUCGUGCACCGAGUCAGAGCCGAGGGUCUCCAGGAGAAGAUCCCCUGCCCGGCACGAGGAGGAAUGUGGUGUGACACCAGAGAGUGAAAACCUCACCCUGUCAUCUUCAGGAGCCAUUGACCAGUCCUCGUGCACUGGGACUCCCCUCUCUUCCACCAUCUCAUCCCCAGAAGAGCCCAUCAGCAGCAGCCUAGCUCAGUCCGUCAUGUCCAUGGCCUCCUCCCAGAGCCAGCACUCUCAGCUCAGUACCGACACGGUGUCCUCCAUGUCCGGCUCCUAUAUCGCUCCUGGCACAGAGGAGGAAGAGGAAGAAGAGGGGAACAUGCUCCCCUUGCCCGUGGCUGCUAGCGCCAUGACCUCCGACGGAGAGUCAACACCUGUGGAGUCCCCAGAUUUAAACUUUGUCAGCAUCUCCGCAGAGGAGCGUGAUGCUGAGGGCAACGACAUGCUGGAGGAUGAGGAUGCCUCUCCCAUGCAGGAAGACGGCCCGAGGACAGGCGCUUUCCUCGGUCUGAGGUGUGACAAUAACAAUGACUUGGGCAUCGCACACGUGAAAGCGCUGGACAAUAAACUGUGCUCUGAGGCCUGCUUACCUGCCGCCGUGCCGGACUCCUGCCCCAUUAACAUUGAGGAAUAGGCGUGGAGGCAGCCAACAACAACGUGGGGCUCCCAUGGCAGGCACCCCAGCACUACUGCCCCCCUGGCACCCCAGACCUGGAGCAGGCAGCAGCCGCCCUGCCCGUGUGAGGGCUCAGCCUCAGUCGAGGCACGCGUCCACCUGCCUGCCCAGAAGGACUCUGGCGUCCGGGCACCAUGGGCAUCGCCAACUCCAUCCCUUGGCUGUAGGAGGACUGAUUUUCAAAAGAAAAGGUGGUAACCUCGACUUUUCCUCUCUGUCCUCCUCUGUGCAGAGAGAGGCUGAGAACUGUGUCACCUUAGAGCCCCCUAUCAGCACAUUCCCAACCUCCAGCCCCAAGAGGGACAGGUUGGGGUCCCCUCCUGCCCCUGACCAUCUCACACACCCAGGGUCCUCUCUUCCAUUAUGUAGUCAGAUAGGAUGGGAUCACCCCACAAAGGGCAUCCUGGGACGUGGCUGGAGUGGGGCGGUGGGAAGAGGGUGCCCAUGGGUGCACAUUAAGGAUAAGUAUUGGCAUUCGUGACCUUGGUGCAUGAGCCGGUGACCUUCACUGGGGGGCUGGCCCCCUCUAAGCUUGCUGGCGCAUGACCCCGCUGUGCCAUGGGAGGUCCCUACACCAUGCCAUGGACUGCCCCUAUUAAGGCACUGGCAAUGAUGGUGCCCACCCAGCUCCCCUUGUCGCCACUCUCCUUCCAGGUGGCAUGUGGGCUCUUGGGCUGGGUCCAUGAGAUUGCUUUUCCCCAGGGAUGGAGCAGGGUGGCAGGGGUGGGCAGGGAACCUGGUCCCCUCCCUGUCACUAGCCCCCAGGGCAUCACUAGUUUAAUCUUACUGUCUUCCGCCCCACUGUGAGCUUGGGGCUCUGGGCUGUGCCCUCUCUCUGGAACAAGUGCCAAAAGCGUCACCCCUCUGUCCCAAUCCUCCUGCCCUGUCCAUUGCACUUUGUAGCAGGGGGUGGAUAAGAGUGCAGGAUCUGCCCCCUCACCCCUACAUACCCAUCGUUACGGCCAGCGCUGGGCUGACAGCUUAAGCAGGUUUUGCUCAAGGGGACAAACACACAGGGACACUGAUGAGGUAGGGAUGCAGCUGCAGACCUCGAGGACCUGAUGGAUCCAUUGGCAGAGGUCAAGUUCCACUCUAGAGAGCAUCAGGGCCAGUCAGAAGCUGUUUUGGAAAGCAUCAGAUGCAGCAUCCCAAUCUAGCAAGCUCUGAAGCUGUUUGGGUCAGCCCAGGGCGAGAGGCUGAGCCCUCCUCGUUUUCUCAGCAGCACAAGCCAGGGGAGAGCUCCCAACACAGAUGUGAUAGUAAAGGCCAUCUUCUCCUUGCAGGAGAAAAACAUAUGUCAGGGCUACCUUAGGAUGGAGAUGUUCAUCCAGUGAAAGCAAUGUCCCACGGCAGCUGCAGGGUGUGUGCCAGGAGCAGGUCCCAACCACCCAUCCUCAUGGUGGAACACGGGCUAUGCUGAUGACUAUAGCUCCUUAAUGGGGAUGAAGCUCUAUGGACCUGGGGUGUGUUUUCUCUGCCUGCCUAACAGCCAGGGCCGUGGUAGCUGCUUGCUCCGUGGCCCCCCGUGUGGGUCCUGCCGCCCUGCGGCUCCCUCUUCUGGGCUGGCACCCCACUGUAUCUGCUGUGAGCUCAACAGCUUCCAAAUUUCUCCCUGGGAAGCCAGGUAUGGAUGCUUGAUGUGGGGGUGACAUCCCUGAACCGUUGUCUGUGGGACAGGAGAUGCUAACAGCAGGGAGGGCUGGAGUGGGUGGGGGGGGGUGAGCGCCCCAUUUGGGGACAUGCUGCAUCCCUCCGUGGGGACACAACUGCCCGGUGUUGUGGUGAGGCAACUCAUGGGUUUGGGUGUCCUGGCCCUGAGGAGCCAGCAGCACUGCACCAGACACAGCGAAGCUUUUGGGGGUUCACCAUCAUGCAGAGCUGAGAAAACUAGGGGGCCACAAGAGACUGGCUGCUCCCCCACCCUCUGGCAUGGGCAGGGGAAGAAGAAAUCAGGCUGAUGAUCCAGGAGUGGUUUGUCUACCAAAAUCCAACCUUCCUCGUGGUUUCAAAUGAAACAAUGAGAAGUCUCCAGGCCUAGCUGGGCAUCACAAUGUAGGGCUGUGGCGGUGCUUGUAAGUGCCAGCAGAUAAGGGCAGAAUAGUCAGGUCCUUGUUCAGGAGGUGACCAGGAGUGUUUUCCAGCUGCUUCAGGCUGUGGGUUCCCAGAGCUGCAAGGAAUGGCCAAGCAAGCUCACAGGGUGGCUGCAGACCAGGACAGCCAUGUGCAGGCACCUGCCCCUUGCUUGGAGAGACCAUGGCUGCUGGGGAGCACAGUGCAAUGGAGAGGAGGCAGGAGGAUGCUGUGGCUGAGCAGCAUGCUGCUUCAUGGGUGUAUCUUCUGCCAUGGCACAGGAGAGGUGGGAUUUGGGUGUGGAUGACACCAGUGCCAUCCUCGGCCACCCAGAAUGGACAAGGGAUGGGCUGAGCUGUCAGUGCUGGCACUGUGGGGUGAAAGGCCCUGGUCUCACAGGGUAGCCUGUUGUUCCGGUGAUCCACCUAUCAGGGAUUUAAGGAAAGAAACCAGAUUGCUGCUUAACAACUUUGCUUUGAGCAUGUUUUGGAUUUUAAGAGUAUGUUUAAUAAAGGGCAUCUUA